CCGAAACUCCACAGGCUGUCACUGUUAAACCUAUUGCCCACGAUCUCCACACCGUCUUGUUCGCCAUUCACUAAGCCGCUCAGCGCUCUGGUUAGCUUGGAAUUGUCGCGAAGAAUCAGUGGAUGCCGUCCUUCUGCAAAUUUCGUUUUCAGAAAUCAGAUCUUCAAAGCUACAAAAAGUCUGAUCCGACAUCGCAGUGCACUUCCUACCCGCCUUCUGUUUUGCCCGUGCGGCGCUUAGAAUCAUGCUUGUGCAGACAUCUGGAUCAAAAGUCAAUAUGCUUGCUGAAGAUGAUUUCGGGAUUGUCUAUCUUAUAGAGAAUGCUCAACAGUUUUGGUCAGAGCUUGAUGACGUCCUUCGAGUUCCCAGCGACGGAUCUGCCACGUUAUCCAUGUUAGACACCGCACUCAGGAGGUUUGUGUCCCUCUGUGCUUCCUAUCACGAACAGUUCCUUCAAAGUCCAAUGCAACUGGAACAUGCAUGCAGUCUUCUGCUCGACUCCGAGUUGUUUGCGUUUCACUCUGAACGCAUGUGUGAGUUGGCCAUCGAAGAUGUCGAGUCUAAAACAGAUCCGCACUCACAGCUCAUUCUGUACAGCGUACUAUUAUUCCACGGUCGCCGUCAAUCGAACUUUAUUCGCUCCCAUAAGCAUUGGCAACCACUAAUACCGCUUCUCAUGGAUCACGUUUUGGUGGAAAUAAACCCAGAUACCGAGGACGUCUAUCUUGGUGCACCAUCCAUAUCAAGUGGUUCCGGUUCACGCUCCAGCAUAGUGAUCGGUCACAUACCAAUAGAGGCCAUGCUGAGGAGCCUGGGUGUGAGGCUACUCUAUGAAGUGUGUCGGGUCCAGAAAAUGUCUGUGCAGGACUUGAGUGUUUUCAACGAUCAGUUUAUCGACAGUUUGUUUGAACUUGUAGAGCAGACUCGAUUUAUGUCCGAUGAAACUUUGAAUUAUUCUGUGAUUAAAUUGAUCGUUGCAUUGAAUGAGCAGUUUAUGGUAGCAUGUUUAGGCAAUAACCAACAGCCUGGAGCCAAGGAGCCAGAGUCGCAAAAUCGAGUGCUCAUGGUCCUGAUAUCUCGUCUCGGAUCUAGCAAGACUUUCGGUGAAAAUAUGAUAUUCAUGCUCAAUCGUGCUUCACGAUCUGCCGAAGACUUGUGCAUGCAACUUCUGGUACUCAAACUUCUUUAUAUUCUUUUCACCAACGGAGCAACAUCAGAAUAUUUUUAUACAAACGAUCUCCGUGUUCUUGUGGACGUCUUCCUACGCGAGCUGGUUGACCUUGAUGAGGAGAGUGAACCUCUUCGGCAUACCUAUCUUCGCGUCCUGCAUCCACUGCUCACAAAGACUCAAAUGCGAAACGUGCCAUAUAAACGUCCGCAAAUUGUUCUUGCCCUGGAAUCGCUUAUUCAAAAUGGAAAUAUCCGAGACAUCAACCCCACAACGAAACGUUUGGUCGAACGAUGUCUUGGAGGCGAGUGGUGUGUGCAGCUGCGAAAGACAACGCACGACAAAGAGGCACUCAAGCGUCAAGGGGAUUUUCGACACAGCAGCCCGAGUCAUGACGUCAUUGCGUCCACGACACAAGACAAUGUGUCCUCUCGAGCACCAACUUCGCCAGAUGUGGAACAUAACUCUGCUUCCAAGACACUGAGUUCGAAGUCGAAGGUCCUAAAACACAGUAGAAGUGUUGAAAGCAUACACGUUCCCACAUCUCCCCGACUGCCCUCUCUACGAUCGGCAACAGACAAAUUUAUGCGUUCUAGCACAGACAGUGCGACGAGUUUAGCGGCUGCAACCACUCCUGCACCUAGACGACGAGAGAAAGCUAGUUCUGUUGAUGAUGUCACUGUUACACUCUACCCAGAGAAGGGCGCUCUCGUGCAGCAACCGAGACAUCCUUCACCCAGUUCGAGCCUUCCUCCAGCCACGUCGGUCAAUCGCAAGGUUCGAAGGCCGGCACCUGCCCCGCCUAAGAGAAGAAAACCACCUCCAGUACCUGUCGGAACGACCAAUAGCGGCGCCACAAUCACGGCCAUCGCAACUUCUGCUUCUACUCCAUCCCUUGGUCAAUUAGGGAAAAACAGCAGAGUGGCGUGCCGCCAACUGUAGCACAGAAACGUCAUUGAGAUGUCCACGUCUCCAAUGUCAUUCCUCCACAUCUAAUUCUGGUUGCUUCACCAGGAAUUCCCAAAUUCUGCUUAAAGUUACGCUGGCUGUUCUAUCCUUACUCACAAACAUCACCUCGUGCAUUGAUCAUUUGCAUCUCAAUCCUACAUCUCAUAGUUGGGACACUCAUCAUUGUAUACAAAUGUAUAGCUUCCUCACAACACUUGUUUAACUCUCCUUCGUUCAGGAUUUAUCACGCUUAAUUGCAUUCUUACAUUCUAACGUUCUUGGUUUCUUACUCGCAUUCUCUGAAAAUUUGCGCCAACUUCCUUAUUCUGGAGGUGUAUACCCCCGUUCAUUCCAUUUUCCUGUUGUUGCAGCAAUGGAAUCAAGUCUGUUCAACACAGAAAA